CUCCAAACCACUAAGACAGGACAAAGGAGCACCUGAAUACCUGCCAGAUUGGUGAUGCAUUACUGAUGUGGGCGGGGUUUUACGCGGGGUUAGGGAGGCUGGGCUCCUCCGCCCCGCCCUCCACAGGAUGACAGAGGAAGAGGAGGAAGGGGAUGUUGCGAUUCCUUCGCUGUCUGGACGGCCGUAAGCUGCCUGGGUCGGCCGGUAAAUGCGUGCGCCCUUCUCAGCUGUCAUCCCGGUAAACCACUUACACAAGUCGUUAAGUCCGCGCUCUUGGGAGCCGGCAGCGGACUCGCCACGGCCGGGGCACGGAGGGAGAGGCUGGAAACUCCUGACAGCUGCUGCCGAGGCUUUGUGGCACCAUGAUGAAGAAAGCCGUGGAAGCUGUCCUGCUGUUGAUGCUGCUGUUCUUCACGUCGCAUGCAAAGGGAACGCGCUACAGCCCCCCAGGGAAGCCCGCACUGACCAGAUGUCGCUCUCCAGAGAAAGAGACGUUCACCUGCUGGUGGGAGCCAGGCUCUGACGGGGGGCUGCCCACUACUUACGCCCUGUACUAUCGCAAAGAAAACUCGGAGACAGUCUUCGAGUGUCCCGACUACCGCACAGCUGGAGAGAACUCCUGCUUCUUCAACAAGAACGACACGUCCAUCUGGGUCAACUACAACAUCACUGUGGUGGCCACCAACGCCCUGGGCAGCACCUUCUCCGACCCCGUGGAUAUAGACGUGGUGUAUAUUGUGAAGCCGAAUCCUCCAGAGAGGGUAACAGUGACGGUAAUGGAGGACAAGGGCUGGCCCUUCCUCCGGGUGUCAUGGGAACCGCCGCAUAAGGCUGACACCCGCUCCGGUUGGAUCACUCUCAUCUACGAGAUCCGUGUCAAGCUGGAGGAGGAAAAUGAGUGGGAGAUGCACCUUGCAGGCCAGCAGAAGAUGUUUAACAUUUUCAGUCUGCGGUCAGGUGGCACAUACCUUGUUCAGGUGCGCUGUAAGCCCGAUCAUGGCUUUUGGAGUGAAUGGAGUUCCACUUCCUACAUCAAAGUUCCUGACUAUUUCCAUCGGGAGAAGUCGGUGUGGAUCCUCAUCACCGUCUUUUCUGCCUUCAUCUUCCUCAUCCUCACAUGGUUGCUACACAUGAACAGCCACAGUCUGAAGCAUUGUAUUCUGCCACCAGUCCCUGGUCCUAAAAUCAAAGGAUUUGAUAAGCAGCUCCUCAAGAAUGGCAAGUCUGAGGAGGUCUUCAGUGCACUGGUGGUGUCUGAUUUCCCCCCAACGACCUCAUCUAAUUAUGAGGACUUGUUGGUGGAGUACUUAGAGGUGUAUGUACCUGAAGAGCAGGAGCUGAUGCUGGAGGAAAGCAAGGAUCUACAUGAUGGUUGCCUCAAAUCUGAGGGCUCCACAUCUGACAGUGACUCUGGCCGAGGCAGCUGCGACAGCCACACUCUGCUGAUGGAUAAGUGUGGAGAGGCAAAAGAAGCAGAGAGGCAAACAGAUCAGGAAAGAAUAGGGGUGGAGGCACAGAGGCACCAGAAUCACUGGGAGGAGGAAGCACUGGACUACGCUCAUGAAGACAUGGUUAACCCUGACAUAUCCAGUGGAAGGGUGAAGACCUGGCCUUCUGUGUUUUCUCCAUUGCCCCAGUACAGCUCAAGCCCGCUGAACCAGCAGGGCUCACUUGAGAUGACCCAACAGCACUACCUCUCUGACAGCCUGUUUCCCCCAGGCCCCACAUCCUCAUACCUCACCAAGCCUGGCCACAGUACCAAGGAGGCUCUGGGACCGAGCUGGGAGUUCCACCUGAGCAACAAGCCACAUCAGCUCCAUCCCCAGACGCCGGACCGCCGGCUACUCCAGGCCCACAGCGAUGUCAACAUCUCCAGCAUCGGUCGCAAGCAGACACCUGCUGGUCUGCACUCGCCCGCUCUCCGGACCACUGAGUACGUGGAGGUCCAGAGGGUCAACAAGGAGGAUAUGGUGCUUCUCCAGCCCGUUGUGUCAGGCCGUUGCCACAUCGAAGGCUGCCCCCAGAUACCUCUGGGGGAGGACUACAGCAAGGUGAAGGGGGUAGACAGGGACAACAUGCUGCUGCUCCAGAGAGAGGUGAUGGAAGAAGACUGCCCUUGUGAGCAGCAGGAGACGAAUGCAGGGAGAGAGAACUGUUGUACAUCUUCCACAGUCACAACUACACAGAAGCCUACAGUCUGCAUUCACACUGCCAUGCCAGCUCAGGACAAAAUGGUCCUGGCAGUGAAUGGCUAUGUUGACACUGCCUCCAUGUGCACACUGCCCACUUACUAGGUGCCCCAUAUGGCCAACUGGCACGUCUGGGACAUUUUAAGACCUGUUUUAGGCAGGGACUAAGAAAAAGAAACACUAACACUGGAUGGCUCCUGCAAAGAUGGUUGCAAAGGCAUAUUUUGCUGUUACAGAUGUACUAUUAUUCAUUUUCCAUCUUCCUCAUCAUCUUUUCACUGAUUCAAAUUCAAAAUAAUUUGAUUGAAUGAUCUGAAUAAUAAUUGUGGAUCAACUUUACACAGAAUAUGACUGAUUGUAUAAAUUACAUGGUACUACAUUAUGACAAUUUUUGUAUGUGUGUAUUUUCUCUGCUCCCUGUAGGACACUACUUCUCAUAGCUGUUAGUGCAGGUGUUGCUUAGAGGGCUGCAGCCCCCCCUGCUGGCCAGAGUGAAACAGUUAAUUAUUAUUUUUAAUUGAAAUAAUAAUAAAUUAAUAAUUAUUACUAUUAUUUUAACAGCUUCUGUUCAAGUGCUUGUGGAUGCACAAUUCUGCUGUGGUAAAGAUGGUUAAUUCUGUAUUCUGACUACUUGCCUUCAAAGCAGCUAAAAGUUUAGAGGAACCGCUAAACGUAAUGGCCAUAGCACAUUAAUGCCUCAGAAAAUAGCGUGAAAAAGCACAUUGUUUUCACUUUAAAUUCUCCAGAACCAACCUAAAAUAGGCUCAAUGACAAAAAAAAAGACACAGUAUCCAGUAGUGGAGGCAAGGCUGCAUGUUAUCAGUGCAUCCCUAGGAUGUACAAACAACAUGAGAAAGUACACAUGCUCAUUCCGAGGAAGGACAGGGGAGAUAUAUACUGUAUAUAUAAUAUAUAGUGUCAAAACAUACAUUUAUUACUGCUUUAAUUAAGUGGUCAAAUAAAAAGUAAUUUCUACAAAAAUGUUUACUUUUUUGGACGGGAAAAUAGUACUUGGUUGGCCAUGUAUGACACUAAUCUUAAGUCACUGUCUCUGUUGUUAACAGGGAUAAAUUGCUGUGUUUUGCCAUUUUUUCUUAUGCAUUUAUAUAUAUCCAUGUAUAGCUUUAUAAACAGUCUGCUGCUCAUAUGCAAAAUCCAUUUUGAAACAGUGAUCAACUUUCAAAAAUCAUUAUGAUGAUCAUUUUUUAAAAAUGCUUAUAAUAAAUUUACAAUAUACAAUAAUGGGA